UUAAAAUAAAUACAUGAGAUCAGGUUCAAAUUAUAAUCUGUGAAUGUUUAUGUCUUCAAAUGGAGGGUGGGAUGAUAAGGUUUUGUUAGAAUUUUAAAUUCAGGCCUACUUUUAAUCAAAAAUUCAAUUCUGUUUUCAGAACAUUUUCGGAGUAUGAAUGGAACUAUGUAUUCACUGAAGGCAGUAGUAACAUGUGAGAAUUAUUGAGAAGUUCAUGUCAUCCAUACUGUAAAAUCUCGCUGUUCAAAAUGGAGAAAAAAGAAAAGACAGUCAAGGAAAAGAAAACUACAAGAUCUCUACCACUCUCUGGCAGUAAUGCUACAUCUGCAGUGGUAGAUGUAUCAUCUAUACACAGCCAUCUUCAAAAGUUGAUUCCAGAAGUUGAGAAGAAGAAAACUAAAGAUAUGAGCAAUUGGAGUUAUCUUCGCCCUUAUAUGUCAUUUGAUUUUGUUGAUGAUAACAGUUCUGUACGACCUCCACCUAUAUCUGUAAUUCCAUGGCAGUCACAAGAAAAUAUUUUGUUGGAUGAUCUGCUGAGUGUACUCGAAGGAUUUCAAGGAAAAUACAUUGUCGCUCAACGUGUGACCAGUUCUUACAGUCCUCGCACUUUCAUUGUUGCAGAUUCUAUUGAGCCAACUCUACGCCAUCUGGUGCAGCAGAUCCUACCCUUGGCGUCUGAUCAUUCCAUAGUCAUCAGGUUCAUUCAAGAGAAGAGACAGCUGAAAUGGGGAAGAGUAAAUCAAGCACUUGCUUCGGCUAUGAACAGCUUCAUUAGUGAUUAUACUGUGUUUAUAGCCCAAUUGGAGAGUUUGUUACGUAAAAAUCAACUUACAUUACAGAAUAUUUGGUUUUAUCUGCAAUCCACUAUCCAGACUUUCCAGGUUCUUGCCAAAAUUGCUAACUCAAUUAAUGAGUCAGAGGCAAUUGGAGGUCAGACUUUAACAAUCCUUCAUGAAGAGACAAUGCAUUAUAUAACAGACAACAACGCCCAGAAACUUUGCAUGUUUCUGAUUGGGGAAGCCUCCAUUCCUUAUUUUGAGUCUUUGCAGCGAUGGCUUCACAAAGGCAUUGUCUUUGAUCCUUAUAUGGAGUUCUUAAUAAUGGAUAAUGUAGAAGAAGAAGCUGAUGCUAACAAAGUGACCGGUCUGUAUUCAGAUUCAUACUGGAGCAAAAGGUAUACAAUAUGUAACAAAAAUGUUCCUGUAUUUUUGAAUGUUGUUCAAGAGAUCAUACUACGGACUGGGCGUUACCUCAAUGUUGUACGCCAAUGUAGUGAGACAACUAGGUCUUCAGCAGACUUCGCUGUUCCUCCUGUGGAAAAACUAGUUUAUACUCUGCAUGGCGAACAGUACCUGCCCAUAAUAGAGAAAGCAUACCAGUUUGCCAGUUCUACUCUUCUAGAUCUUUUGCUUACAAAAUAUGACAUCAUCAAUAGAAUUAAGUCUCUGAAACGAUAUUUUUUGAUGGAGCAGGGAGAUUUUAUUGUUCAAUUGCUGGAUCUGUGUGAGGAAGAGCUUGUAAAGCCCAUUUCCGAAGUUGUCCCCUCAAGGCUUCAAAGUCUGUUUGAACUAGCUUUGAGGACAUCCACAGGAAAGCAUGAUCCUUACAAGGAAGAUGUAACACUCACCAUUCUCACUGAGAAUAACACCUACCAGAUAUUUACAAUACACAGUAUCUGCAAUGAAAAUAAACAAUUUAUGUCUAGUGAUGAACAGUUUCAAGCAAAAAGUAAGACUGGCCUUGAGGGAUUUGCAUUCCAAGUUGUAUCAAAAUGGCCUCUUUCUUUACUUUUCGAUCAGAAAAUUAUGGGCUGCUAUCAGAUGCUUUUCCGACAUUUAGUCAACUGCAAACAUGUCGACAGGAGAUUAUGUAGGGUUUGGAUUAAUGACAAGGAAGUAAAGCGACUACCUACAACUGCAGCAUCCGGUUACCUGGGAGCUUUUUCCUUGCGACAGAGGAUGCUCUUCUGUGUUCAGAACCUGGAGUAUUACAUGAUGGAGGAAGCCAUUGAACCCAACUGGAUACGCUUCAUGUCUCGGCUCAACAAUGUGAAUAACAUCGAUGACCUCCUAGCAGAGCAUUGGGACUUUGUGGACCAAUGUAUGAAAGACUGCAUGUUCAUGAACCACGAUCUUAUCGCCAUCAUCAAUAAGAUUUUGGCUUCUUGCAUCGAGUUCUGUGACUUCAUGCAGCGCAUGCAGAGGUAUUUCCUGGAUGCUGAACUGACAUCAAUGCUCUCUGAUGACCAACCCUUCGACUCAGACAUUCAGUCAAUCGAUGGUGUUGACAGUAAGGCUUCUGAGAACCAAAGCUUUGAAGACAAUAUCAAGAGACUCGAUACCAAGUUUACCUCCUAUCUUAUAACACUCCUGACAACAAUAUCUAGUCUGGGCCAGGAAGAGUCAGUAGAAAAACUGCGCAAUAUUCUCUACAGGGAAAACUUCAAUGGUUUCUACACAGAAAAGAUAGAAAGAGAUCAACGAGGAAACGAUACUGUAACUUCAAGUAUUUCAGGUUGAUUGUAAUACAAUCUCCUUUUACUGUAUUGUGUUAUGUACAAUAGAAUAUUUUUUAUUCCCUCUACCAAUAGAAUACCUAUUAUUAACGUUGUAUUUUCUGGAUUAAAACUGUUAACAUUUAAAUAA